AUGGCUAUUCCUCAAGGCAGAACUAUCAAAACCCUCAAGGGACAGUUUGUUCCGAACAAGGAGCUCAGCGACUCGCAAGAUGAGAUCAUGGCUCUGCAAGGUGUACCCUACGCGCUCCGACAGAUUCAAAAGAUUGCCAAGAUCAAGCUCGGCUUCUCCAUGGAUCGCUACUACCCCGAAAAGGCCCCGGUCGACAACCAGGAGCUGUACCAAAUGAGCAUGACGUCGGAGAUCUCGGGGCUGGGCAUCAUGAGCACGGCGCCGCUGCGGGCGCUGGGGGUCAAGACCAAGAACACGGAGACGCACGUCCUCGACGGGGUAGAGUUCACCAAGGACGAGCCCGUCGUCGGCAGCCUCACGAUCCGCAUGCGCCUGUGCACCGUGGCCGACCUGGCCCGCGAGCGCGCCGAGCUCGGCGACUUUCUCGCGGCCGACUGGCUCGCCCGCACCGAUCUGGGCCCCGACGACCACGUCGUGCGCUGGUCCGUCCGCACCAAUGGCAAGUCAGGCAAGGACGCCUGGCGCUCCGAGCAGGUCUGGGGCAUCCUCGACGGUCGCUACACGGGCAAGAUUCAGAUGACCAAUGGGUUGGGCGAUAGUGCUUCCGCCACCUUGGUGUACGAUUACCUCGGCUGA